ACACACACAGACCAGACAGAUCUCAGACAGCAGCACCAUGAGUGUGUGGAACAUUGUGUGUGUAGCCGUGGUCUUACUCCUCAAGAGUCAAGAUGUGUCGGCCCAAUUAGAUGUGUGUGGGCAGGCGACUCUCAACACGCGCAUCGUGGGCGGGCAAGACGCGCCGGAGGGGGCGUGGCCAUGGCAGGCCAGUCUGCACAGCGGAUUCCACUUCUGCGGAGGGUCCCUCAUCAACAAGGACUGGGUUCUGACCGCCGCCCACUGCUUUCCCAGCACCAGCACCUCUGGCCUGGUCAUCUUCCUCGGACGGCAGACUCAGCAGGGCAGCAACGCCAACGAGGUCUCCAGGACCGUCACUAGGGUCAUCAGACAUCCCAAUUACGACGACUCAACCAACAAUAACGACAUCGCCCUUCUCAAACUGUCCUCCUCCGUCACCUUCACCAACUACAUCCGCCCCGUCUGCCUGGCAGCGGCCAGCAGCACUUUCAACAGGGGCACGGACAGCUGGGUAACCGGCUGGGGCACGAUUAGAUCAGGAGUAUCACUGCCCUCUCCCCAGACGCUGCAGGAGGUGGAGGUUCCGGUGGUGAGCAACUCUGAGUGCAGCUCUGCGUACGCCUCCCACAACAUCGGCAUCACCAGCAACAUGAUCUGCGCUGGGCUACUGGGGGAGGGAGGCAAGGACUCCUGCCAGGGUGACUCUGGAGGUCCGAUGGUCAGUAAGCAGGGUUCCGUGUGGGUCCAGGCGGGCGUGGUCAGCUUUGGCAUCGGCUGUGCCCUGGCAGAAUUCCCGGGGGUGUACACGCGCGUGUCCCAGUAUGAGAGCUGGAUCAAGACUCAGAUCACCAGUGACCAGACGGGAUUCGUCACCUUCAACACCACCAGCAGCAGCAGCCGGACCACCACACUCACACCCCUCCUCCUCCUGUUCACACUCCUCCUCUCCUUUUGAUUGGUGUCAUUAAAAUAUACGUUUAAUAUGCUUUCAGUAGAUUUAAAAUCAUCAGUGCCAUGCAAAUACGCAAGAAAUAUUUAAAGAGUAUACUUAAAUACUAUGGUAGAAUGCCAUUACACUAUACUGUACUAGUUAUACUAUUGUACGCUACUACACAUACUGUUUAUACAACUUUACAUUUAUACAUAGCAGCUAGAUGAUGUAGUGUCAGUCAUGCUUGUGUUCUCUGGUGUGCCUGCAGAAAUGUUAUGAUCGAUUGACUAUUAACUGAUUGAUGAUUAACUGAUUGAUUGAUACACUGAUCGUGUAUGUUUCACUUGUGUUAUAAGUGCACUAUUUGCCAAGUGCACUAUUUACUGAAGGGUGACUUACUUACGGUGGUUUUUUUUAGUGCAUGUGUUUCUGUC